CUUCCCAGUGAAUAGGCAGCCAGCCAAUGGACAUUGAUUCAUAUGCUUCUGUGGAUUGACACGUGGCGAAUUAUAAUAGGGAGUCAAAUGUCGAAUACAGAAUGUGACACGUGUCAACAUCUUAACUAGGCCUCACUUAGUAUAAAUACCACAGCCAACAUAUGUUUUCAAAUCACAAACAAAUUUAGUAUUUCAAUACACUCUUCUCUCUGCUUUUAAUUUUCUGUAUAAUCAGAUUUUCAUAAUCAAGAAAAUGGAUAACUCCAACAACAUGAGCUACCAAGCUGGCCAGACCAAGGGCCAAGCUGAGGAAAAGGGCAACCAGAUGAUGGAGAAGGCAAGCAAUGCUGCACAGUCUGCCAAAGAAUCGAUGCAGGAGAUUGGACAGCAGGCUCAGGCCAAGGCGCAAGGUGCAGUCGACGCUGUCAAGAACGCAACCGGGAUGAACAAAUGAGAGCUUCACUUUUUUCGUCUCCGGUUUCUUAAUUUUUAAUUUGUCUCUUUUUUUUUCGAGUUAUUUGUUUGAAGUUUUGGAGUUUAGAUUUGAUGAAGGGGCAAUGUUUGGUUGCUCCUGUGUUAGGUAUUUGGAAAUUUCUUGUGCAUGUUUCUUCUUUUCUCAUCUGUGUGAGGAAACAUGAUUUUGUAAUGUUCUCUUUUUGAUCUAAUAAAUAUCGUUUUUUUUUAGCU